AUGGACAAAUUACUACAUCUAAUAUCACUAUCCAUUCACAUCCUGUGUGUGUGUGGAGAGGGUGUCGUACUAAUGCCAGUUGAACUUGCUCCCAUCCCCUGUAACGACAAAGCGGUGGAGAAGCUGUCUCGCUUGGCCGUCACUUACAUCAAUGAGGAUCGCAGCGAAGGCUACAAGUUUGCCCUGAACCGCGUCGCAAAUGUCCAUCUGCACGCUCAGGGCCCGGCAGGCAACGUGUAUUACCUCGACCUGGAAGUCCUGGAGACCAAGUGUCACACAGGCAGCAAGAAACCAUGGAAACGUUGUGACGUCAGGCCAUUCAUGGAAACGCAAAUCUCUGGCAACUGCAACACCACCAUCCUGCACACACCAGGGGGCUACUCCUACUUAUACAGCUACGACUGUGCUCUCGUGCCAGAUUCUCCAGAGAAACUCCAGCAGAUCUGCCCAACAUGCCCCCUCCUGCUCUCCGUAGACAGCCCCGAGGCCAUGACUGCUGCUCGGGUCACUCUGGUAUCCUAUAAAAGGACGUCCACUAUGGCUGCAGGGCUCGGGGUGAAAAAAAUUACCAGAGCUGCUGCACAGUCUGUGCCAGUAAAAGCCACCUUUGUGGAAUACACAGUGCAAGAAUGCCCCGAGGGAGUGACAGAAAGAGGCACCUGCCAGCGACUGACACUCGACUCGGACACAGAGAAUGUGGAUGUCCUCCGGCCGGUGCAGCCACAGGGUCACGACCUCCCAGAAAACCCAGCAAUCCCGACGUUCCCACCUGUGAUUGGCGGCCCAGGAAACGAUCCGCAGCCUGUUCCCUCUGACCCUCCCUUUCCCACUGCCGUUCACCCUGUACCCGUUGACCCCUCUGUGGCUGUUAACCCAGCUGUCCCUCUUAGCUCUUCUUCCAGUGAGUCUGCUGAAGGUCUACUCACUGAGGCUUCUGACUCAUCCUCCGAGGAAAUCGGAGGCCCUGUGGCUCUGCGUCCCCCUUUUAACUUCCGCUACCAGAGGCGUGACCGUGAAAAACGCCAGGCUUUGAACAACACCUCGCCCUCUCACCACCCUGUCUUCCUGUCUGAUUUCCCCAGUGGGCCCUCUCCUUUCCGAUCCUGUCCCGGUCCAGCUCGGUACACCACUGUUUAA